CUCUCUGAAAAAUAAACAUAAAAAAUUUUUUUUAAUAUUCAGGACAUCCUGUUGGGGGGUGUUUAUACUGGCCUAGGGAGGAAGAUUCAGGGAUGGUGAAUCAUUGAUGGAAAUCAUGAGUGCACAUGAGAUCUCCCUGGACUGCGUGGAUGGACGAGUGAGUGGCUGGCUGGAUAGAUGGACAGACGGACGGACAGGUGGAUGGGCGGAUGGAAGAAAAGAUGGAUGGGUGGGUGGGUGGCUGGACAGAUGGACAGAUGGGCACAUGGAUGACAGACAUCUAGACUUUAUUCUGUUUCGACUGAACCAUAUGAAAUUGCUCCCUUUGUUUUUCAAAAAUAACAAAAUACUUAAGUUUACGCAGGCUUAAGUCCUCGAGGGGGAAGGUACAACAUGAUGUCCGCAAUUUACUUCGAAAUGCAUCAAAAAACGGAGAGGAUUAAUGGAUGGGUCACAGGGUCGAGACUGGUAAAAUGUCAUCAUCAGGAGCUGGGAGGUGGAGGCUGUGGACAGGUAUUCAGUGGCAAAUUCAACUUUUCUGUUUGUUGGAAAUUUGCACAGUGAAUUCAGGGACAAUGUUUUUCCAAAUGUUAGCAGUUCCCCGUGACUUCACUUAAUAUUUCUCCCUCAUUUGGCCAGGAGAACCUUCUGGGUUCCCAUCUGUGGAUUGGCCUUAUUCUUCCCAGAGCUGGGGGCUGGGGGUCAGCGUUUCUCCCUCCCAAAGUUAACGCUGAGUUGCCCUAAUGAGGCGAUUGCUGCACCAAGUUCGUUGGUAUCUGGCUUGUAAUAAUUAUAGAUUUCCUCUGCGAUUUGAUCCCAUUGGUUGCCACAGCAACAGCAGUAAUAGCUCAACUGAAGUGCUGUCACGGUGAUUUAGAACCAACAUGUCUCUUGCAGCCUCCGGUCCGGGUGCCCCCACCCCCUUGCUGUCGUCAUGGCAACUGAGGAGCAGCACGUGACCAAAAGCUCUGUGUCCCUCCUCCUCCGCCCCUCCCCAUCUUGCACCCUUCCCCACUUCUCAGCCCCCUGUGGAUAGGCAUUGACCCCAGCUUGGGCUAUACUGGGGGGGGGGGGGGCUAGAGUAAUAAUCAAUGCUCCAGAACCCCCACCCCGAGAGAGGGUCAGGUGGAUUGUCAGAGCCAGAGCCGCCCCCCCUGGCCCCCGGGGGUCUCGGAGAUGACUUGGUGGCCCUCAGAGCCCCUUCCUGGCUGUGGCCAUGCCAUAGGCGGGAUCUGCUGGGGCGUCCCCACCGGAGUGCCGGUGGGGGGGUGGGGUUGUCGUUUAGGAAUCCGAAGCCUUGGAUCUUUGCUUUGUACUCCAGGGGUCCUGAAAGCGAAUGAGAGAAAAAUCUAGGAAGAGCAUCCUGGAAGAAGGGGCGGGGACAGGGACCCCAUUUCAGAAGGUCCCAGGUCAGGUGGCUCAUUCUUCCGGUCUAAACUGAGCUGGGCUUAAAAUGUCUUUUUAAAAAGGCCCUGUUCUAUUUUUCUCUGUACUUAUCUCUUUUUUUUUUUUCCUGUCUCUUUGUUUCUUUGAGGAUCUUUUCCUUUCUGUUUCUGUCUGUUCCUAUCUGAAAACCUCUUUGUGAGGCUACCUCUCAGCCUCUCACUCAUUCCCUCCCCCCUCUUCACCCCCUCUGCAUCCCCCUGCCUCCAGCACUUGCUGGGAACCAGCUGAGAGCAUCCUUUGCCCAAAUCUGCUUUGCUUCUCAGGCUCCUUUCCUUCCUCCCAUAUCUGAGCCCAUGUUCCGGGGACUGGCUGGAAGUCCGGAGCGUCCUCCGGAGGGAGAGCUGGUACCCGGAGGCAUCUCUUAGGAUGAUCCCGGCGCAUCUCAUCCCUGGGACUCUGCAGAAUGGCAUAGAGGAGGCGUUUUAAGCAGGCGGGAGCUGGGCUUGCCGCAGGACCCCGACUGCCAGGCACUGGUGAAGCGUGUGCAGGGAGCCUCUGUUCCUGAAGGAGGGGAUCAUGGCUUUCAUGUUGCUCACCCGGCGGCUGGCCUGCACCUUCCAGCACAACUACCGCCUGCUCGUGCCCAGCUCCAGACACAUCAGUCAGGCCGCAGCCAAAAUCGACGUCGAAUUUGAUUAUGACGGGCCCCUGAUGAAGACCGAAGUCCCUGGGCCUAGAUCUCGGGAGUUAAUGAAACAGCUGAAUAUGAUUCAGAAUGCAGACGCUGUGCAUUUUUUCUGCAAUUACGAAGAGAGCCGAGGCAAUUACCUGGUCGAUGUGGAUGGCAACCGGAUGUUGGACCUUUACUCCCAGAUUUCCUCUGUCCCCAUAGGCUACAGCCACCCCGCUCUCCUGAAGCUGGUCCAACAGCCUCAAAACGCGAGCACUUUCAUCAACAGACCUGCCCUCGGAAUCCUUCCCCCGGAGAACUUUGUGGAGAAGCUCCGGGAGUCCUUGCUCUCGGUGGCUCCCAAAGGAAUGUCCCAGCUCAUCACCAUGUCCUGCGGCUCCUGCUCCAACGAAAAUGCCUUUAAGACCAUCUUCAUGUGGUACCGGAACAAGGAAAGGGGCCAGACGGGUUUCUCCAAAGAGGAGCUGGAGACGUGCAUGAUCAACCAGGCCCCCGGCUGCCCCGAGUACAGCAUCCUCUCCUUCAUGGGCGCGUUCCACGGGAGGACCCUGGGGUGCUUAGCGACCACGCACUCCAAAGCUAUUCACAAGAUCGACAUCCCUUCCUUCGACUGGCCCAUCGCACCGUUCCCACGGCUAAAAUACCCUCUGGAAGACUUUGUGAAAGAGAACCAGCAAGAAGAGGCCCGCUGUCUGGAAGAGGUAGAGGAUCUGAUCGUAAAAUAUCGGAAAAAGAAGAAGACGGUGGCCGGGAUCAUCGUGGAGCCCAUCCAGUCUGAGGGCGGAGACAACCACGCAUCUGAUGACUUCUUCCGGAAGCUGAGAGACAUCUCCAGGAAGCACGGCUGCGCCUUCUUGGUGGAUGAGGUCCAGACAGGAGGGGGCUGCACUGGCAAAUUCUGGGCCCACGAGCACUGGGGCUUGGCUGACCCGGCGGACGUGAUGACCUUCAGCAAGAAAAUGAUGACAGGAGGCUACUUCCACAAGGAGGAGUUCAGGCCCAACGCUCCGUACCGGAUCUUUAACACCUGGCUGGGGGACCCGUCCAAGAACCUGCUGCUGGCCGAGGUCAUCAACGUCAUCAAGCGGGAGGACCUGCUGAACAACGCGGCCCGCGCCGGGAAGGUCCUGCUGACGGGGCUGCUGGACCUCCAGGCCCGGUACCCCCAGUUCAUCAGCAGGGUGAGAGGACGAGGCACUUUUUGCUCCUUCGACACUCCCGAUGAGUCCAUACGGAAUAAACUCGUUUCAAUGGCCAGAAACAAAGGCGUGGUGCUGGGAGGCUGCGGGGACAAAUCUAUCCGAUUCCGCCCCACUCUGGUCUUCAGGGAUCACCACGCACACCUGUUCCUCAACAUCUUCAGUGACAUCUUAGCAGGCUUCAAGUAAAGGAGCCAUCUCCCCUGUGCUCUGAGAAAGCCCCGAUCUCAACAGUUGUCAAAUUAGUUUGCCUAAUUCAUGUUUUCACUUAAAGGAUCAGAGGCGAAUGCGUGACCUGUAGGGUUCUUUGCAGGGAGGGGAUGUCUGUGGUGGCUUGGGGGGGGGGGGGGGGGGGGGGGGGGGCUGGCUUUGAUUCUCCUCCCUGCAGAGCCAAUGAUGUACAUUGGUGUAAGCCCAGAAAUUCUGCUUGAGCCCUGGACAUAGUCUCAGGCAGGGCCAUGAGGGUUCUGGCCAUAUAUCUGCCCACCUCAACCCCAACCGUUUCUUUGGAAGCCAGGCAAGGGAAUGACAGCUGCUCGCGGGACUUUUGGGCUCCGGUCCCUCUCAAGUGCCAUAUUCUGUGACCGAGGAUGCUGACACCCUUCGCCCUGGCAGACAUGCUCUCCCCUCCCACCCAGCCCUGGAGCUCUGAGCAGGUGCCGUGCACAGUUCAUUGACGGACGGGACAGAUCGUACGGGGGCAGGAGAGCAAGGACAUUAGGAUUGAGCUGUGGUCUGGGAAAGGGGUCCUGUGGCCUCCUUACGUACGACUGGGGCCACCCUGCUCGGUGCAUCUGGGGACCCUCUAAAUUGUGAAUUCUGUCCUUGACGGGCUGUUGCCUUGGAGAAUCUCUGUGCCAUUACUGGCACUUCUUACUCACCAACCCUCUGUUCCCCACACUCUGUUCCCUCUGUUAAAUGUGAACCCAGACGUCGGUGGCGGGGGAGAGGGGACGGGACUGCAGCCUGAGCAUCUAAGGGGACACACAGGAGCCGGAAGGUCAGAAGCACAAGCCGGUCUCCCAGGAGCGGCAGAGCCACGUCCUCCUGUCUCCCCGGGGCAUCUGGGGUCUGACCUGUGGACCCCUCGCCCGGGGGGGCUCUCUAGCUUCUCCUCACCCACCCCUGCUCCACUUGUGCGCGGCCCUUGCCGGACUCCAUCACAGGCAGUCAGUUGCUGAGCUAGGUGUCUUCCUCAAGAAGCACCGAGAACACUGGGUGCCAAAACUCCCCCAGAAACCAGAUUGCCCGCUGGUUCAAGGUGGCAUCCUCAUACUGGGCACUCCAGAGGACAGCUGUUCCUGACAUGAAAGGGCGUGUAGAUUUCCAGGCGGAGGAUACUGGAAUGCUUAGUCGGCCUGUGGCUGAGGCUCAGGGGCCUCUUCUGGAGGCCAGGCAUUCUUGGGACUCGUUGGAUUUCAGAUGCCCCUAAAAAGAGCAUCUGGCUGUCCUGCAGCCGUGCAGACUCGGGAAGCCUGGCUGUCCUCCCGGCCCACCCCCUGCUGCCUGGCCUGCUGGCUCGGGACAGGGGCAUAUCAAGGUUCCCAGUUCGGCACUUUGUUCUUUCAAUAACUAAUCAUCCAAAGACCUCAAAGCGGUUGUUUUUUUUGGUUUUCUGUCGUGUGUCAGGCUAUCUGCUCUGCCAGCAAAAUGGAGGUGUCUGCUCCUCUCUCUGCUGGAUGCCACUCGUCUGUUCACUCGUCCCUUUAACCGGUCACUCCUUCAUGGGACUGUCCUUAUGUACCUGCUCUGCCCCAGGCCCAGUGCAAAGCCCCAGGAAUACAGAGGGGAAAUACAACAUGGUCCCUCCUCUCGAGGGAUUCACAUGUCAUCGGGGACAACAGACUCUUAAGUCAGUAGUCAAAGCAGAGGGGCAAGUGCUGUGCCGAGAGGAAUGUACGGGAACGUCAGGAAAUCAGAGGGAGUGUCCGUCAGGGGCGGGGGUUUUCAGGGGGCAAGUGACCUUUGAGCAGGGUUUUGCAGAACAAGCAAGAGUUCUCCAAGCAGACAAGGCAAGGAAGAGUGUCACAGGAAAGGGAACACACUUUCAAAGGCACCUCAGCCCACAGUCUCGCACCUUUCGCUGGGGAUCCAGAUUCUCAAUAUCCCAAGGCAAUAUCCCAAGAUUCAAGGCCUUAUUUAACAAGCCAGAUGCAAACCAAACCAUAAUUCAUUUAUUGGCACAAGGACGCUUUCUCUGGAGGACUUUAACGUUGGGUGCAAACAUUCAGUAAGGUUCCUGGGGUCCCAAAGGUUUCCGACCCAGGGCACGACCAGAAACUGGGCUCUCUUUGGUGGAGAGAGUGGCCAUAGACAUUUUGUUCUCUCCCACGGGGCAGUCAUAGAGGAAUGAAAUCGUUUUAUCUGGGAAGUCAUGUCCAGACUUACUCCCUCCUUACCAAGGGAAGUUACUUCUCGUGAAACUUUUUAAGCCAUUUAUCAACACGUUCUUGUUGGCUCAGGGCAUAGUAGGAGUUCCUGAGGCAUCUUCUUUUCAGGGUGGGGGUAGAGCUGGAAGGAUUUCAAAGCAGAGGACUCUCGGCAGGGCUCAAGAUGGUAGAAACUGUGGAGAGGGGGGUAACAACGGGGAGCCCGGCCGACAGGUUGCUGUCCAGGGCUGGGCCCGCGGAGCGCUUCUGUGGCCGACGGUCUGGGAACGAACCCAUCUCCCAUCAGUGCUGUAGACUUUAGUAACUAUCUCUAGGAAGUCUUUUACAGAAAGCAAGGUCCUGUAAUAGCAAGUCUUAGCACAUCCUCACUUUUAUUGUAAAUGUUUUUUUAUAAUUUUUACUGACAGUAACCAUGCAAAAUUGUGCACAUUAAAACAUCUAUAUAUCUAUACCUAUCUCUAUACAUAUAUAUAUAAAUGUAUACAUAUACCAGCUCAUGGUAGAGAAGCAUAGCUAGG